AGAAGCAUCAGGGUUCUCACAUAGACUCAACAAACCUUUUGUCUAGUCCCCAGAGAAAGAAUCCUCUUUUCCUAUCUUUCCUGAGUUAGCUCCAGAACAGAUGAUGAGGUUUCUGCUACUGUGGAGUUGGAUCAUCAUCCCAGGUUAUGGAGCCAUGGUGGGUCCAAAGGAAGUCAGUGGGCCAGAGGGAAGCUCUCUGUCUGUGCAGUGCUUCUAUGAGGAUAAGCAUCAAGAAAAUAAUAAAUACUGGUGCAAAGUGACCAGAUUAUUCUUUCAACGUUGUGUCACUAUCAUCACCACAGAGUCAGGGAAAGAAGAAACAAAUGGCAAGACAUCCAUCAUGGACAAUCCCCAAAGUCAAGCAUUCACUGUGAUCAUGAGGAACCUCACCCUAAAGGAUACUGGGAAAUAUCAAUGUGGGAUUUCCAGAUUUGGAGUUGAUGAGGUUUUUGAAGUGACUGUGGAAGUUUUUUCAGCCUCUUCUAGUUACCACCCAAAAGUGAAUGUUCCUACCCAGGAAAAGAUAAAGCCAACAACAUUCAUUAAUGUGGGGACUAGGACAGCAAAACCUCAAUGGAAACAAGAGACCUUCCAGACGAGAACCCAACAAGAUGCAGCCCAGGCAGUCACAUCCCACCAUCGCUCCAAUGAUAUAAAGUCAAAAUCCAGGCCAUCCAUCCCAUUGAUCCGAAUUUUGGCUCCAUGCAUCAUUCUCCUCUUGCUUUUGGUGGUGGUUAUAGGAACUCUCCUGGUCCUGUCAGCAAGAAGAAAGAAAGGUACUCUAGUAAGCAGAGUUCUGUACAACAGAGUGCCUGAGGGAGGGAGGAGUAGCCUCAAACUUGAGGUUGCUGCUGGUGGACCCAUCUUGGCAACCAGAAGCAGGCAGUGUUAUAUUGUCUUAGAUGUUCUGGAAUCUCUGGCAUGUGACUUGAAUUCUGGAGGCCUGGCUAUAAGAUUGAUGGGAUAGGAUCAGCAGAAGAUGAGUGGACACUGCUCCAGGUGGAUCAGACUGGCAUAGCCCAUUCUUGAGGGUCUAGACCGGAUUUAUUGCUAGGAUCUGUUGGUGCCAAAAGGAGCUUUAAUACAAAAAAUGUUGGUAGGUUGGGAGUGGACUAAAUAAUCUUGAAAAUAAAGUUCUUUUAAAAAGUUUCUUUUUUGUAGUACAAUAGAAGGAUGUGGGUGCUGGAGAUUUCUUACCACUUCUCUCAGAGCUACUCUUUGCCUAAAACUUCUGCUUCUGAAAUC